AUGGUUUUGGCCUGUCAACUGGACAGCGAACGCAACCUUUUCAGCGAUUUGGCUAGAAUUCAACUUAUUCUCUCCCGGAAGCCAUUACCACGCAUCGGAUCAUUGACAAUCAACAAUGAGUGCAUCCUGGAUAUCAAUAACAGGCUGUUAAUGUUGGAAAUCUGCCACCUUGAAAACGAGAACAUCCCCAUCGAUAUACAGCGUAAAACCUCGUAUUCGACUGUUGACACUUACAUCCAUGAUCUUCUAUCGGUCCAUGAUAACCGACUACGCUACCAACCAAAUGGCGCCUCGAGUAUGAAAGAUUGCAUUAAGCCAGAUGUGUGCAUUGACAACGAUGAGAACCGUAUAUUCUAAUUUUUUGGACCGCAAGCUACGCUCUGGGCCUUUUGUGCUUACUCUUACUGAUUUGCAUGCUAGCAACUUCUUUGUUGAUGAUGAUAACUGGCAUAUCACGAAACUUAUUGACCCUAGAAUGGGCUUGCGUUCGUCCUAUUGAAAUGCAACACCCCCCCAUACUGGUUGACAAGUCAGGCAGUAGAUAGGAUCGACGAAACGCAGUACAAUAAGAUGUGCACUGAAUACAUAGAUAUUUUCGAGCAGGUGGAGAAAGCCAUGUUGGGCCGGGAUGGGAGGAGCAUCGCAAUCGUCGGAUGUGACUUUUCUUAUGCGGAGCUUUUGAAAAGAUUGUGGGAGAAAGGGACAUUCUGGUAUUGCUUUGCGUUGGACAGCUUGACUGGACUCCAUCACAUCUUCUACCACCGCGUCUGACCUAGAUAUCAAAUUCCCUACAACCAAUCUCAGGAAUCAAAAUUUGACACCGGAUUCUAUAUCACCACCCCCAACCUUCUGGUGUCCUAAGGCUUGGGACUUCGCAAAGUCAAAGGUUAAAGAUAAAGAGAAAUAUGACAAGUAGCUCCGAGAUGCCUUCCAACUUGAUUCUUCUUGAUAGAAACGAAUACAAAAAAGGAGGAUCAUUGGCAUUUGCUAUCAAUUCCCUUCCCGCCAAUAAUCACAGAUGCCUCCCUCACCUAACCGUUAUAGAAACCAGGCCGUUGGUGAGUCAUCGUCGAGCCUGAGAAGGCGUCUUGGAGAAGGAGUGAAGCCAAAAAUAGGUGGUUUAGUCUAGAUAGAUAAGAGUUACUUUGGAGUGUAUGGUAGUUUGGUAGAGAGGAGUUUGGCUGAACACCUUUUUUCCUUUGUGGGUUAGUGAACUUUCUGUGGUUUUAUACGUUCGCAUUCUAUAUACCCAUAUGUUUAAUUAAUUCAACCAGUGACCUCGGGCAUCAAAAUAAGCAAACCUCCCAGAAGGAUAACAGGCUGCAGCAAUGUCUCCCCGUUCUUAGCCUGUAGACCCCCUGGCAU